GAAGUGGCCAAAAUGCGAUUAGAGGUCGAGCAGUCGGACAAUCGAGCAAUCGAGCAAUCGAACAUCGAACACAACACGACGAUCGCUUUAAAAACUUGCAACAGGUUUGAAGAUGCCGCUUCAACAUUGCGGAAGGUGUCGCUAAGUGUGUUUAAUGAAAGAUAAACAACAAUUCCAAUAACAAUUGUUACUGAAUUUGAAACUGAAACCGAAAAUUAAGAUUCCGGUUCGAUUGCAAUGUUCGCGUUCGUUUUGGCUUCGAACUUUUGCUGGCAAUCGCUUGCUAAUUUUUCAUAUAAAUAGUUUACGAUAUUUCAACAGCAACAUCAUAACGCAACGCCCCACAAACGUAGCAACAACUCCAAUUUUAAGAGCUUUCAAAGAUGCAUUUGAAUAUGAAACCCGUUGGCUUGUUGCUGCUGCUGGCAACAGUUGUUGGCGUCAAUGCUGCAACACUGCGACAGCAACGAGAUGUUUCACACUUGCCGUUAGAGUAUUUGCCGCCUGUGGUGUUGCCACCUCUGCCGAGUCACGAGUACUUGCCGCCAGUGGAGCAGCAUGCGGCCAGCUUGUCGCAUGUGUUGCAGCCGCCACGCGAUUACUUGCCACCUGUGGAGCAGCCAAAACUGAGCAACGAGUAUCUGCCUCCGGCAACAACAACAACAACAGCAGCAACAACAACAACAGAGGCAACCACAGAGCAGGUCACCACAGAUGAGGCAGCAACCACCACAGAGCUUCCUACGGAGGCGCCACAGCAACAAGAGCAAACGGAGCCGGAAACAGAGGCGCCUCUUGAUUUGAAGACACAUGAGGAUAUUGUUCAAGGAGCUGGCGAUUUACUUGAUGAUGGUUAUCACUAUCAAACGCCAGAGACCGUGCCAGAUCUGACUCUCAAUGUUGCACCCGUUGAAGCCUACUUGCCACCACUCGAUGACAAUGCGGUGGUUGCCGAGGCGUUGCCACAUAGCGAGGAGUCCGCUGCCUUGUUGGAUGAUGGUUAUCAUUAUCGCGCCAUUCGCCGACUGCGCCUCUAAGCAAGCCAAAACUCACGAAUUUUGUUAACCAACUUUUGUUGUUUAUUUUUACACACACACCAAAAUAACGCACCACAAACCGCACCACACAUAACAUAUUCUUACUCAGCUGAAGGCUUGCAAUAAAGAAAAUUCCUAAACAUACACU